AUGCGUUUCUCAACCAUCAUUCUCUCCACCCUCACCGCCUUCGCGGCCGCGGCACCCGUCGCCGAUACCCUGGAACCCCGCCAGGGCAACGGUAAUAACAACAACAAUAACAACAAGAACAACAUCGACCUCGCAAACCUCAACAACCUUCAAGGCUUCCGCAACCUCGACCUAAACUACCUCCUCGCCCUCAACAACCUCAACCUCCAGGGUCUCGGCCAGCUGGGCCAGGUCAACAACCUCAACCUCGCCGCCUUCCAGAACCUCUUCGCCGCGCAAAACUUUGACCUCAACGCCCUGCUGCAGCUGCAGCAGCUGUCCACCGUGCUGGCGAUCCAGCAGCAGGGGGUGUUUGGCAACGUCAACCUGGCGCAGCUGAACCUCGGCGGGCUCAACUUGGGGCUCAUCGGCGGGGUUGGGCAGGUGAACUUGGGCCAGUUCAUUGACCAGGGCUUAGUUGGGCAGAUUAACCAGGUCGUCCAGCAGUCUUCUGUCGUUGUUGUUGGCAAAUAA